AAAGACGAUGACAUUGAAGAGGGAGAUCUUCCUGAACACAAGAGGCCUCCAGCACCAAUAGAUUUCUCAAAAAUUGAUCCAGGCAAGCCUGAAAGUAUCCUGAAGUUGACAAAGAAGGGGAAGACUUUGAUGAUGUUUGUCACAGUGUCGGGAAAUCCCACAGAGAAGGAGACAGAAGAAAUCACUAGCUUGUGGCAGGGCAGUCUCUUCAAUGCAAACUAUGACGUGCAAAGGUUUAUUGUUGGCUCAAAUCGAGCCAUCUUUAUGCUGCGUGAUGGUGGUUACGCCUGGGAGAUCAAAGACUUCCUGAUAAAUCAAGAGAGAUGUGCGGAUGUUACUCUGGAAGGUCAGGUUUAUCCUGGCAAAGGAGGAGAAGAAAAUGAGAAAAUGAAAAACAAAACAAAACCUGAAAAAGCAAAGAAGAAGAAAGAUGCAGACAAGAAAUCUAACAGCAUCAAAGAGGACAACCGAGCAACCAAACAGAGAGAGGAUCUAUGAUGGAUGUGUUAACAAGACUUGGAUA